CAGGACUAGUACAAGUUUGUGGGAUGCUUGAGCAGUUUUUCUUUUUAGCGGCCGCUCUCCACUCAUUCGCCGUCCUUGGACACGUGGUGUAGGAAACGGUCGAUACCGAUGCUGGACAAUUUUGGAAAGCUAGCGCCUGGGAGCAGAUACCUUUUGGUGGAAAAGGGAGACAACAAGACAGCUGUUUAAGGAUCGUCAUUGACCCCAGGGCAAAGUCCUAUGGACACCAGUUCCUGCGUUUUAGCAAAACGGAGAAAGAGGGGAGAGGGGAGUCCGUGCUGCUCGGGCUUUACAUGGGAUUCUUUUGAAGGACGAUGCGUCGAAUGCAGAGCCGGCUACUUCGGAAUUGAUUGUUCCAAUAAAUGUCCCUUUCCAAGUUAUGGGAAACACUGCCAACAAGAGUGUCAAUGUAAUGCAGAGUUGUGUGAUGUUUCUGAAGGAUGUGUCGGACAAACUUCGCACGAGGUAGUUACGUCACAUCCUGCUUUCAACACUACACCCAAGAACACCCAGGGAAACAAAAUAACUAAUAUCCUCAAAGAAAGCAAAAUAUAUACUGCAGUGUUAACUUCAACUGACAUCGCAAAUCUCGAAAAAGACUCGAAAAUCGUCCACUAUACUGUCUUGGGCGAUAUAAGACCAAUAUUGUAUGCGAUAUUCUCAGUGAUUUUGCUAUUCGUCAUGCUGUCAUCCACAUAUAUCAUUGGGAAGAAGAUACAAAAUUCUCAAUGCACUAAACAUACUAGUGUCAUUGGAGAGGGAAAUAUACAAGAUGGCGGCGUUUAUCAGGAAAUAGACAGUUUUGAACAAAAUGUGACCUACAGCGUGUGCAGAACGAACAUCGAGGAGGCAGAGGAUCUGCGUAAUGGUGGGAGUGAUGCGGAAAGCAAUGAGGAAAAGGACGUUGGCCCGGAGAGCACGAAUGUAAAAUCAGCCGGAAUGGGUUGAAUUUUUACACUGGUAACUGGGCUGAAACAAUUUUGAAAUAUACAUGCAUGUAAUAUUUGAAUGAUAUUUUAUGGCCCGAGUUUGUGUUUAAAUUUGCUCCUAUUACAAUGCUAACUAUAGGGGAUAUAAAUAGAAAUUAGCAAAGAAGAAUUGCAUUGCAUUGCUGUCUGAAUAUGUUGUUAUGAUUUGUUAUAAAUUCCCAGAAUGCCUCGGAUUGAAAGUCUUCGUCAUAAGAGGCGACCUACAACCAUUGGUACUGAUGGGGAGAUUGAUUUGUCGUUUUCUGUCAGUCUCACUGUGUAUCCGUACCAUUAUAGAUGCCAGAAAAUGAUACUCGAUAUCAAAAUCAUAUUUUUAGUAAAACCACAUUUUGGUAUUGGUGAUUACUCUUGGAUGCCUGGAAAAUAUCACCAUAAACUAGAAAUGAGGAAGGAAAAGUUAAUGUAAGUGACAGGACGCAUCGCUGAACUUUACCGUAUAAUGAUCCCUAUAAUUACAUUUAGAUAUCAUGUAUGUAAUUUAUGAAGUAUUUUGUGAUUGUAUUAUUUGUUCUAUUGUAUUACUUUCGUUUUAAUGAAGCAGCCUUUUAGAUUAGUUAAUUUGUUUUAUUCGUUUUGAAAAUGAAGUGGAAGCACUUACUAAUUACCUAUACCUAGCCACGCCUCUGGGUUCACUGAAUUAAAUGGAGUCCAUUAUAUGUAUAUAAGAAGGUGUGAAACAUAUUCAUGUAAAUAUUUAUUGAAUAAAAUGUUUAUUUCUCAA